UUAAAGGUAAUUGCCUUUGGUACUAAAAGGGUGGUGGGAGGGGAUAAGAAUUAAAGGUUGGGAGGAAGUAUCUGUUUGAGAAGAUAGGAAAAGGGAAUUUGAGAAUUGAUUGGUGCUAGUGUGCUGUAAGUGGGUGGAUGUGGUUUUUUUUUUUCUUCUCUCUCCUUUUUUUUGGCUACAGGAAGUGAUUUGCAGUGUUCACAGCCUUUUGUUGAAAAGGGUCCUUCUCAUUUGUGUGAGUCAUGCUUUUGCUGUGAGCGAGUUGGCAGCUCUAAGCAGGACUGAGAUCUCAGUCACAGAAAACUGUUACUUCACCCAACCUUAACAAGGAACCAAAAGAAAUUUCUUAAAAAUAUACAUUUUUUCAUUUUUCCUUAUACUCUUUUUCUUUUUUACCCUAAACUCUUGUUAACCCUCUGUGCCGUUAUGAAUUGCUUGCUAUGUUAGUGCAGGCAUCUCCUGCAUUGGCAUCAGAUUUGCCAGAACAUAUGCAGGAAAGCAGAUAGAAGGGCAUGCUUCAACGUACCAAGUAUAACCGCUUCAGGAAUGAUUCUGUGACAUCUGUUGAUGAUCUUAUUCACAAUUUGCCCAUGAACAGCAAGGUCUCAGCAGUUGCUACAACUUCAGCUUCACCUUCGUACCUGGUCUCACCAGAGGUUCUCCGCAAGGACCAAGAAGAUGGACCCACCACCCUGUGUACCCUCAUCCAUAAAGUGUCCCACCUGAAACUCUCUAGCACGGGCAGCCUUUUGGGUAUCAAAAACCUCUCCUCUGCAGUAAAGGAGCUUGCUGUCUCCAAAUUGCAGGGAAGCUCGAGUGCUUCUAGUUCAGCAGCAGGGGCUUCAGACAACACAUGUAACCUUGUCUCUGCCACUUCGUGUUCUCAGCAGGACGUGAGCAAGAUGAGUAUGGGGAAAAAAGCACGGUCAGAGGAAAUGCACCUGGGAAGUGAAGAUUGGAAUCAAAGUAGCAGUUUUGUCAAUAAAUCCUCUCGAGGAUGGCUGCACUCGAGUGAGAAGAUCCUGGGACCUGGUGUGACGUACAUUGUGAAGUACUUGGGCUGUAUAGAAGUCUUACGGUCAAUGAGAUCUCUUGACUUCAGUACUAGAAUGCAGGUUGCAAGGGAAGCAAUCAGUCGUGUUUGUGAAGCCAUGCCUGGUGCCAAAAGAGCCUUCAAGAAACGAAAGCCACCAAGCAAAGUCCUUUCUAGCAUCUUGGGAAAGAGCAAUCUUCAGUUUGCAGGAAUGAGCAUAAUGUUGAAUAUCUCCACCAGCAGCUUAAAUCUAAUGAAUCCUGAUACAAAACAGAUCAUAGCAAAUCACCAUAUGCAAUCCAUCUCCUUUGCGUCUGGAGGUGAUCCGGAUACUUCAGACUAUAUUGCAUAUGUAGCUAAGGAUCCUGUUAAUCGUAGAGCUUGUCAUAUACUGGAAUGUUGUGAUGGCCUGGCCCAGGAUGUCAUCAGCACCAUAGGGCAAGCAUUCGAGCUUCGAUUCAAGCAGUACUUGCAAUGCCCUUCUAAGACACCUACUUUAUCUGAUAGAGUGCAGAGUUUUGAGGACCCAUGGAUGGAGGAAGAUAACGAGGCAACAGAGCAUCCCUAUUACAACAACAUCCCAAAUAAAAUACCUCCCCCUGGUGGAUUCCUUGAUGCCAGGCUCAAAACAAGGCUUCUCACUGCUGCAGACACACCUCAGUCUGCAUCAGGAAUGGGAGGAGAGCAAAUUUAUUAUCAGAGCCAUCAUUUAGGAGAAAAAUUCAGUGAAGAAUGGCAUCAUGGGCCUGUUAAACCAGGAACUCUGGAUAUUUGUAGUAUGUCAGAAGAGAAAUCAGAAGUAGCACCAACAGGAGAGCUGCCAAUAUAUGUAAACACCCAACAUAUAAAUAAAGAAGAUCUAUUGGCACUUCAGGCAGAUGCUGCAAGUGCCUUCAGUGGAACAGCAGAGGAUGCUGAAGCAAGCAGCCCAGGAAAGGAUCUGUUUGACAUGAAACCAUUUGAAGAUGCUCUCAAGAAUCAAACAUCUGAGGCUAUGUUGAAGAAAUCCACUUCCACGGGAUGCCCCAGUCCUCCUUUAUCCAGAGUAGCUGUCCGGACUGAAGCUGAGGAGCUGAGUACAGAGCCAUGGUAUCAAGGAGAGAUGAGCAGGAAAGAAGCAGAACAGCUGUUAAAGAAAUGUGGAGAUUUCCUUGUGAGGAAGAGUACCACGAAUCCUGGCUCAUAUGUACUGACAGGCAUGCACAAAGGACAAGCCAAGCAUCUUCUUUUGGUGGACCCAGAAGGAACUGUUCGUACAAAAGAUCGUGUCUUUGACAGCAUAAGUCAUCUCAUCAACUAUCACCUUGAGAAUAAUUUGCCUAUAGUUUCUUCAGUGAGUGAACUCUGCCUGCAACAGCCUGCUGAAAGAAAACACUGACUCCAGAUAACUCUUUUAGUUAUUGCAACUUGCAAGCUAUGACUGGUAGAAAUUGCAGAUCUGAAAGGAAAAUGUACAUUAAAAAAAACCCCACAUACAUUUCACAAGUAUGUUUUAUUUAAG